UCAGCGAGGAGGCGCCAUGCAAGCAUCGAUCAGCGAGCAAGACGAGUAAAUACCCAGGCACGACACAACAGCGGCACGAUGCCAGUAGACACAAGUACUACAUUUCUAGAGCUACAGCCGACUGGGAGAAACUUGUUGACAACCAUGAGGAGAGGACACGAUAUGCCAUGGAGCCUCAUCUCACAGCUGAUUGCCCCGUGACGUACCUGCCCGACGUUCAUGUCAACAUAGGGGGCAGUGCCGUCAACAACGCGUUCAUCACCAGCUGUAUCCCACAGAGCGCCUCCUGCACCAACAACUCUUUCACCCCUGAAGCGAAUGAUGGUCGAGUCAACAAGGGAUACACCUCGCCUGAUAUCGAACUCCAGAGCUACGCGUCUUACUCGGAUAUCCAACCCAGCCCGGAGGAAUAUUCCCACCAACAGUUCCAGAUCGGUCCUGCCCGUGGUCAGAUGUUCCAGAGACACUCCCCAGAGUGGAAGCUGAGGAACAUGGGCCCGAGCUACGAACUCGCCUCCACCAGCACCGACCCGGUGCCCACGUUUAACGUCGUGUCUAAGUCGGAGCUGAACCUGCGAGCGUCCAACAUCUCCCGGGGACGGUCGCCGUACUUCUCCUCCCAGAAAGACAAGGCCCGGGCUAACAGUGAGGAGGACACCGGUCGGGCCUACAGUGACGACGGUGGUAAACACAAUGCUCACACUCUGUCUGACAUAGGGGCUGAUUACAUGCGUGUUAAUGGCGCUAUCGGAUCUUUCAAGCAGCUCCAGAAACCAACAUCCAUGCAGAGUUUACCGACUUCCUCCAAGCUCAGCUACACGGAGGAGGCCGGGUUCGCUUUGGUGGGAGGAGGGUCGGAGUUUCACAAGUUUAACGAGGAGAGACUGCAGCAGCAGAAGAACAGACAGAAGCCCAGUGUUGGAUACAGGCUAGGCAAGCGACGGGCGCUGUACCAGAAACGGAAAAAAAUCUCGGACUACUGUCUAGUUUUUGGCAUGUUCGGUAUCGCCAUCAUGGUUCUGGAGACAGAGUUGAACAUGGCUGGAGUUUACUCGAAGUCGAGCUUCUACUCCAAGACCCUCAAGUCGCUGAUCACAAUCUCAACAGUGGUUUUGUUAGGCUUGAUCUUAGCUUACCAUACCUUGGAGAUACAGCUGUUUGCAAUCGACAACUGCGUGGAAGACUGGAAGAUCGCCAUCUCAUGGCGCCGGGCCCUGCAGCUUCUGGUCGAGUUUAUCGUCUGCGCCGUCCACCCCGUCCCCGGCGACAUGACCUUCGUCUGGUCCGGCAUCUUGGCCGAGAACGGGGAGAAGUUCAACAGCACGGUGUCCAUAGACGUGGUGUUAUCCGUCCCGAUGUUCCUCAGACUGUACCUUAUCUGCCGGGUCAUGCUGCUCCAUAGCAAGCUCUUCACUGACGCCUCCUCUAGGAGCAUCGGGGCGCUGAACCGUAUCCACUUCGAUACGAAGUUUGUGUUGAAAACUUUGAUGACAAUCUGCCCGGGGACGGUGCUGCUGGUUUUUAUGUUAAGUCUGUGGAUUAUAGCUGGCUGGUUGGUGCGGGCGUGUGAGAGGCACCACGAAGACAGGCACGCGAAUAUCCUCAACUCCAUGUGGAUGAUCGCCAUUACGUUCCUGUCCAUUGGAUACGGGGACAUUGUCCCUAACACCUACUGUGGUCGGGGGGUCGCCAUAUCCGUUGGUGUCAUGGGUUCAGGGUGCACGGCGCUGGUUGUGGCUGUGAUUGCCAGGAAACUGGAGCUGAGCCGGGCAGAGAAACACGUCCAUUACUUUAUGAUGGACACCCAGUUGACCAAACGGCUAAAGAACGCCGCCGCCAACGUACUGCGGGAGACGUGGCUCAUCUACCGCUACACCAAACUCGUCAAGAAAGUCAACGUCAGCAAAGUGCGCUCACACCAACGCAAAUUUUUACAGGCUAUUCACAGUUUGCGGAGAGUGAAGAUGGACCAAAGAAAACUGACGGAGAAUCAGAGCACGUUAGUGGACAUGGCCAAGAGCAUGGGUCACGCGGGUAUUCUACCCAACCCCAGUGUGUAUAUCUCCAUACCUCACGUCAUUUUCCAACAGACGCAGACAAACAUCCACGAGCUGGUGGUAGAGAUGCACAGCAACCAGACGGCCAUGGAGAAGCGGGUCACCAAAAUAGAGGAGAAACUCUCUCAGCUACAGGUCCACCUUGACACACUACCUGAGCUGAUCGCCAGCACUAUUGCAAGCGUCCAGCAGAGGCAGGAGGCCACAGACAUGCGCAUUCCUUUAACCCGACCCCUGGCGGACUUCACCGGGCUGAGACGGAGCACGAACCCCCGGCAGCGGCGGCCCUUUCAGCAACAGUUCUCCCUGCGCGAGAUGCCCCUGUACGACCGGACCGGUCAGGACACCAGCGACCAAAUCACGGCUGACCAGGACUCGGUGGCGUAGCCCGACCCCCCCGGGCUCCGGCCCUUCACCUGAUGCUCGACCCGUGGCUCCAGAACACGCUCGUCCCUGAUGACGUCACAGCACCGGUGUCACUGUGACGUCACAAGACGAAUACGUGUUCUGUGAAAUCCCGUAUCUGUUUUGCUGUGAAUGUCAGAAAUCGUCGCUAUGACGACGGUUUCCGUGUGACGUCAGAAGACCAACGCAUGUGCUGUGACGUCACAAGGCCAGCAUUUGUUUCGCAGUGGGCGGGCAGACAGGCAGACAUCUCGUUAUAAAUUAAUUAAAUUCCCGCACUGAUCAUGGGAGAAAAAUCUUCAAUCCAAAGGAAGCAACUCCUGGUUUAUAUAGCCUAAUUUGUUUUCACUUCAGUGUUGGAAUCUGUUGGAUUACCUCCCCGUCGCCCAACAAAGAACACCAUUAGAGCAGCGAUCAACAACCAAAAAAUCAACGCCAGUUAAAAUAGAGAUGUGACGUAAGGGUGUCGUUGCCCUGUGUGACGUUCAGAUAGGGAUCAGGGAUUGGUCGCCAUAGCAACGGCUGUGUGAUAUCAGCGUCGUCAAGGUGACGGCAGUGUGAUAGCAGAGGUCGUCAUGGUAACGGGUGUGUGAUAACCGUGAAACAGCAUACUCUGUCCGUCACUAACUCGGUGAAGUGCAGCAAACGGGCUCGGAUUGUUUCACCCAACAUCUGUAUGGCUAUAUGUGGAUGUGUCACGUUGCUGCAUGUCUGUCACACACCUCUGACGUCAUCCAUGUCACGUGACUGCUUCCAUCCAUCUUCAGGUUCCUCGGCUUAACGGUUUUUUACUCGUCGAAAAAAAAAAAUAUUUGCGGGAGUUUAUCCCAGUAUGUGUACACAUUUAAUCCUUCUUAUUUCUACACGAAUCACCAAAGAUUGGAAGUGAGAAAUUAACCCUGUACAAAACAUAGACAGUCGUGCCCAAAUGCUAAACAUGAAUGAACUGAUCACAACUCACCAAAGACCGGACCUCGCCCUCCUGCCCGCCCUCAGACAUGAGCCAACUCUCUGCCAAUCGAUACCGACAAAAACACAUUCCUUUUUUUCUCUCUCUCAGCCCGGGGGUCGCUGUCCAUCACUGUGGCUGUCCUCGCUAGCCAACAGCUGUCCUGUGUGUCGCCAGACAGCAACGUUUUAAUGUUCCCUGGGUGGUCGUUUCCUUAAGGUCACCAGGCUGUAGUGUCCCUAAGCUCAGCGACUGGCAUUGUGCCCAAGUUAAACAACUAGCUAUAAUGGCUACCAGCUAGCUAGUCCCUAAGGUCAGCAGCUAGCUGUGCCCCUCAGGUCAGCAGGCUGCGGUUUCGUUAAGGUCAGAGGGUAGCUCUGCCCAUAGGGGCACCAGGCUACAUUGUCCUUAAGGUCAGCAGCUAGCUGUACCUUUAAGGUCAGCAGCUAGCUAUGCCCAUAAGGUCAGCAGCUAGCUGUACCUUUAAGGUCAGCAGCUAGCUAUGCCCAUAAGGUCAGCAGCUAGCUAUGCCCAUAAGGUCAGCAGCUGACAAUGUGCCAAAGUCAACCAGUUAGCUAUUUUGACCACUAUCUAGAAAUGUCCCUAAGGUCACAACCAAUGUCCCUAAGGUCACAACCAAUGUCCUGAAGGUCACUAGUAAUGUCCCUAAGGUCACUAGUAAUGUCCCUAAGGUCACUAGUAAUGUCCCUAAGGUCACUAGUAAUGUCCCUUAGGUCAUUAGUAAUGUCCCUAAGGUCACAACCAAUGUCCCUAAGGUCACUAGUAAUGUCCCUAAGGUCACAACCAAUGUCCCUAAGGUCACUAGUAAUGUCCCUAAGGUCACAACCAAUGUCCCCAAGCUAGCGACGCGCCUGUGAACCCACCAUCAGAUAUUUGCCUUGUGUAUAGAAUUAUCGCUCCAUGUUGAUGCAACGUCAUACAGUGUAAACAUGAAAAGAUGUUUUUUUGUUUUAUGUUUCUUCUUUGACACCAAAUGAAUGGCAUUUAACCCCAUCGACACGAGUGCGUUCAAUGAAUAAUUCAAUGUCGUGGCUGCGUUUUGUAGCGCCAACUCUUUGACCUUUAACCCGCCACUCGUUUCAUCAUCUUAAUAGAUUCAUAAUGAAAGGUCAUGUAUAAACAUCUAUUUCAGCCCUCCCCCUUCCCUUUUACAUUCAGUGUUGAUUAAAGACAUAAAAACGAGUCUAUUUAAGUAGGUCACCAUAUGCUGGUUACAUCGUGUAAGUAGGUCAUUAGCAAUUUGUUACAUAUUAAAGUAGGGCACCUAAGUUUUUACAUUAUAUAAGUAGGUCAUCAUCAGUUGGUUACAUUGUAAAAAUAGGCCAUCUUGAUUUUAACGCAAAGUAAGUAGGUCAUUAUCAGCUGAUUACACAAUGUAAUUAGGUCACUGUAUUUUGAAAAACUAGGGUACCCUUAAAUCAUCCUCAAAGUUGCCUUGGGGCAACUAAAAUUAUCGCUACCUAAAUAAGAUCAUCAAUUGAAUUUAAACAUCUUCAUAGAAUUAGAUCUUUAGCAUAUUACAUGUCUUUGGGAUGAUGGGUAAUAUUUGCUUUCUAUGGCCAAUUGAUGGGCGAUAUUUACUGUCUUAGACAAUCUGACAGACGUUGUCUUACAGAGCUGCCCCAGAUGACAGGCUUCAUGUCAUAUGACGUCAUGAAAGUCAUUGCUGACCAGGUGUAGUGGACCUCUAACUUUAAUUAUAUUUACAUCACCACUUUGGGAAAACUGUAAUUUAUGUCUAAAACAUCUGUAAAUGUUUGCUAAUUAAUUGAUAGAAGUAGGUUCGGGAUGUUAAUAAGUGUGCAUUAAUUUCUUGCCAGCAGGCGCCCCUGGGUGGGGGUUUGACAUGGUCAGACUGUUGGAUGUGGGUGUUGAGAGACGUUGUUGUGGCUACAAUACAAGUCGCUACUGUUGUUUAGUUACCAUAGUUACCAAUGCCUUUAGUGUACAUUACUCGUUAGCUACACCGAUUAGCUGAAACUUCAUGCAUAGCUGUGAUCGCCUGUCCUGUCUCUAUGUUCAAGUGUGUACAUCAAAAUUUGAUACAUGUGUACAUCAGUUGUAAAAAAAUUGAUAUUUGAUGGAUUUAGUCUUACAUGAAUAAUGUACUUUGUCUUAACUUAAUAUUCAGUGGUUUAAUGUACACACGUAACUCGCCGGGCUUUGUGAUAUAAAUAAAAAUAUUAAUUCCUCUAUGGUAUCUUUCAAACAGCUCGUGUCAUACUAGUUAGUUUAUUAGAGAUAAUUAGACACGUUAAUUAGACACGCCGGGGUGUACAUGCUCAUUAUGUAUGUGGGUAGUUUUGAUAAUUUCAUGAAUACUAGUACAUAUAUGCUAGUUUUGGAUAGUAUUGAUAAUGUGUUCGUGAACACUGCUAGAUAUAUGCUUGUUAUAUAUCUAGAUAGUGUUAUAACUAUGAACACUAGAUAUAUGCUUGUGUUGGGAUAGUAUUGGUAUGUUCGUGAACAGAUAAUUAUGUUCUUUAGUAUGACAUUUAUUAAGGCGGAGGUUCUCGCUAUACAUAUAUGUACAUACAACUUUUACAUAUAUGUACACAGACGUUUUACAUAAAGCUUUUACACGUAACUUUUAACACUAAAUUUAAUUAAUAAUUAAUAUGGACACAAGCCUUUACUAAGUCAUGUUUACACGGUGUUUUUUUAACUGCAGGUACUGGAAUACACUUUUUAAAUAAAACUACACGAAAUGAUUAUUAAUAGUUUAUCACUUUACCGAUAGGCCUACAAAUUUCUUGUGCAGGAUAAAUUUAAGAGCUGUUUUUAACAGUGCUGUUGCAAAUAAUUUUUACAAAGUACUUACACAAGUUAAGUGUAUUAAGUACUUUUACAGAUUAAUUGUAUUGAGUACUUGUACAAAUUAAUUGUAUUAAGUAAUUGUAUUGAGCUAAUAUGUACACUAAAAAGUUUACUAAAAUAUGAACACAAAAACUGUACACGCCAUGUACACAAAGCUUUUACAUACGUACACUGAAUUUUGUAUCCUGAACUGUUCAAUAAAAUCUGUUGUUCUAUUUUCGACGAAU